ACAAUUAUCAAUGGCGCAUAAUAUUUAUUUUUUUAUAAAUAAACAAUUUAAAAAUCAAUAUCUGUCGAAGUGUUGAAUUUCCUUUUGAAUUCGCAAGUUCCUUUCUGAAAUUUGAAAACUGUCUUCUUUGCUGCUAAAUUUUCCGGUAUGUUGCCAUUGAAAUUUUGUAGUUCAUGCAUGCUAAUGAUCUAGUUUGUGUCUUCUUAGGACAAUAGGAUAUACUAAUAAAUAGUUCUGUAACUGCCAUUCCAAAAAAAAAAGGUUACAUAUUUUGAAUAAAGGCUGCUAUCUGAUGACGUCAUAACAUCAUCUUCAGUGGCGCAAAAAUUAAAAGGACAUAAUACCGUUUGUAACACGGUAUCUCGCAGAAAUAUGUACAUUGUCAAAUAUUGGAAUUGUUAAUAUAACCUUACAUAUUUGUCAUCAACUUAUUUUCAUCCAAUUAAUGUUCUUUUAAAUGUAUCUCUUAUUUAAAAGGUUUUAAAACUAACAAAAUAUUCGAAAUGAAUGACGAUGAAUAUGAUUUUGAUUUCACUGAAAAUUCUAGAUUAUCAGCCUUGUUUGGUAAAGAUUCUGAAACAGGUAAUUCUAGUUUGACUUAUAAGGCACCAAAGCAACCAGGUACAGUUUCCUCAAGUACAUCCAAAACAUUUCACAAAUACAUCAAAUUGUAUGAAAAUCAUAGUGGAAAGCUUUAUGGAAAAUAUAUUAUAGCUAUAUUAGCAUUAGAUUCAAACAUUUCUGAAAUGCUCAUAUAUCAAACAAAAAAAUUUAUAUUAAUACGUCAACCUGUACUGGGAAAUGCAGUAUACACUUAUAUAAAUGAUAAAAUUAUCAUUUUGAAAACAAAAGAACAGCAGUUCAGAUUGGAAUUUGAAAAUGAAAUGGAUCAUUUUGACUUCUCCACAGAAUAUGUCAAGAAUGGUGGGAUCAUUGAAUUAUUUGAGGCACAAAAUGGCAUAAAAAAAAAAUUAUCAGAAAUUGAAUAUCCUCAGGAAUCUCAAGGAUCAUUUAAUCAAGGGGUAAAGUCCAAUAAUGCUAAAAAUGAAAAAAAUUGUGUUUUGACCCGUUUUGAGAGAAUGGGUUUGCCUCAGCUACUUCCUAAUCAAAUAGAUCAAGAAGAUAUAAAAAAUUAUACUUCUGAUGAUGAUACUACAAAAAAUAAGAAUGAAUCAAAAGGAAAUGAGAAAUUUUAUGUUUUAGAAGAUACUUCUCCAAACAUUUCGUUUACAAAAAAUAUUCACAAAAAAGAUAACAUUCCUUGUCCAACAUUAAAAAAUAAUGUAGAAGAAACAGAUUUACUAAUAUCCGUAUUGAAAGAUAUCCAAUCAAAAAACACACAAUGGAAUGAGGCAAUAUGCCUGUUAACUUCAAGAUUAAAAGAAUUAAUCCCAAAUGAAGUAUAUAAUAGUAGCAUGAAAGUAAAAAAACUUGAAUCCAGAAUAAAAAGUCUAGAAUUGAAAUCUGAGAAUCUCCAAAAUGAAUUAAAAAAUGUCGACAAGAAGAACAUUGAAAAUAAAGAAAUGCAUGAAAUUUCUUGUCAGACAGAUAGUUCUGAAAAUAUCCAUGGGGAAACCAUUCAUCUUGAGCCAAUUGUGAUCCAAAUUCUAGAUAUUUUUAAAUCUCAUUCUUUCAGUUCAGAUGAGAUAAGUAAAUUAAAAAAUUGGGUGUAUAAUACUGGAGGUGAUCAAGGAAUGUUAAAAUUGCAGCCCUAUUUUAAUGCAAUUGAAAAGAAAAAUAUAAGUGAAAAUAAUUUGAUGAGAAAUGAAUUUGUGGGUGAAUUGAAAGUAACAAUGAAUAAUUUGUAUCAAAAUAUUUGUGAUUUACAAACUGAUGAUUUCAAUGGCUUAUUGGUUAAAGAAAUCAAACAAGCCUCUUCAGAUAUCCUAAAUAUUUUUGAUAAUUUGUCACAUAAAACUUCAGAUUAAAUAAAAUGAUUUCAUUUAACCAGAAA